CUGCCUGCCACGAUGGGAAUCUGAAAGGGGGAUAGUAGUCUCUGGGCAAAGAGACAAGAGCGAGCAGAAGCGGGGCUGGGUUGCCUUCUGGAUUUGGGAGCUUCGGGGCGCAGAGUUCAGAGCCCUGGAUCGAGGAGUAUGGAGCCUGUUACCAAGUGGAGCCCUAAGCAAGUAGUGGAGUGGACUAAGGGACUGGAUGAUUGUCUUCAGCAGUAUAUUCAAAAAUUUGAACAAGAGAAGAUAAGUGGGGCUCAGCUGCUGCAGAUUUCACAUCAGGAUCUUGAAGAAUUGGGUAUCACCCGGAUUGGACAUCAGGAGCUUGUGUUGGAGGCUGUGGAUCUCCUCUGUGCAUUGAAUUAUGGCCUCGAAACAGACAAUAUGAAGAACCUGGUUCUUAAGUUACGAGCUUCUUCCAACAAUCUGCAAAACUACAUCAGCAUCCGGAGGAACAGUUCAAAUUAUGAUGGAAAUACCUUGCGCAAACCCCCUAAUGAAUUCCUCACCUCAGUGGUGGAGCUUAUUGGCUCUGCUAAGGCUUUGUUGACAUGGCUGGACAGGACUCCAUUUACUGGGAUAACUGAUUUUUCUGCAACAAAGAACAAAAUCAUUCAACUCUGCUUGGAUCUCACCACCACUGUCCAGAAGGAUUGUCAUGUAGCUGAAAUGGAAGAUAAAGUUCUUAACGUAGCCAAAAUUUUAAAUGGAAUUUGUGAUAAGACAAUCCGAUCAACAACUGAUCCACUAAUGAGCCAGGGUGCUUGUCUUGAAGAGGUUCAUUUAACUAAUAUCAAACCUGGCGAAGGCCUGGGAAUGUACAUAAAAUCUACGUACGAUGGAUUACAUGUUGUUACUGGAACAACAGAAAAUUCUCCAGCUGAUAAGUCUCAGAAAAUUCAUGCUGGUGACGAAGUGAUUCAGGUGAAUCGCCAGACUGUGGUGGGAUGGCAGCUGAAGAACCUUGUGAGGAAACUGCGGGAGAACCCUUCUGGAGUUACUUUACUAGUAAAGAAACGUCAUACAGGCUCUUUUAAUUUUACUCCUGCUCCCCUUAAAAACCUAAGAUGGAAACCACCACUUGUACAGACCAGCCCUCCCCCAACUACAACCCAGUCACCUGAAAGCACUAUGGAAACUUCCUUGAAGAAGGAGAAGCCAGCCAUUUUGGACCUUUACAUACCUCCACCACCAGCUGUUCCAUAUGCUCCUCGGGAUAAGGGAAGCUUUGUUUAUGGAGGAGGCAAUAAACCAAAGCUGCCUCUACCUGGUUCCAAAGGGGCAGAAUCUCCAAAUUCUUUCCUGGAUCAGGAAUGCAGGAGGCGAAGGUUUACCCAUACAGUUUCUGAUCCUUUGACUCGUCCCAUAGCAGCAAAUAUUCUACCUGCAAAGAUGCGAGAAAAAACUCCAUCUUAUGGAAAGCCUCGCCCGCUGUCUAUGCCUGCUGAUGGAAACUGGCUGGGAGUUGUAGAACCCUUCUCUAAGCCCCGAGCAAUGGGGAGAAAAGGUGAAAAUGUCCUGUGCCGGUACUUCAGCAAUGAAAGGAUCCCUCCCAUUAUUGAGGAAAGUUCCCCAUCGCAACAUCGUUUCUCCAGGCCUGUGGCUGAAAGGCAACUAGUGAGAGGUGCAGACUACAUCAGAGGGAGCAGGUACUUUGUCAACGUAGAUCUUCAUAACAGUGCAACUAUCCCUUUCCAGGAGGAAGGGGCCAAAAGGCCACCUGUAAGCGCCCCCACAAAAUCUUCCUCCACAGAACCUUCAUUACUGGUCAGCUGGCUCCAAAGGCUGAAGCUGUUGACUCACUGAAUCACUGCUUGGAUUAUAACUUUCAGGAUAUGCUAUCAAGUGCCUUUUUUCUUCUGACCCCACUCAGUCAGACAGCAUUGUUAUUCAAUGGUCUCUCCCCUGGAGGAUCCCUUUCUUCUGAGAUCACUGUCUCAAUUUCACUGGAGUUGGUGUGAGAUCAAAAGAUGUCGCCUUUCUUGCCUACCUGAGAUCAGAUGGUCAUUCAGUCCUUCAGAGAAACUGAUCCGGCUUGACUGAUCUUGCAGGUUACUGCAGACCUGAAAUCUGCACAACCUGUGCAGGGCAAAGCAACCUCUGCAUUGUAAUGAAACCUGGUAGCACUUCAUUUGCUACAAUGCUAUGUGAUCUACUGGUUGUGAAGACUGUGUAGUGCUCAGCAGAAAAUAAAUUCCCAUGCUGCUCUUCUGACCAAGAAGGAAAAAAAAAGAGAGAGGGAGAUUACUCCCCCCUCUUCCUUUGAACAACAUUGUGGUACUGCAUGUGGCUGCGGAUGACUGAAAUCCAUAAGGAAUAAAAGGCAGUUUCUUCGUUUCAUUCUGAUUAGUCAGAAAUGGGAACCUAUCCUAGUUGAUACCGUAGUUAUUAAAAUAUCAAUACAGGUAAAAACUCUUCCCUGAAUUGCUGCAGCGUGCAUUCAGUUAAGACAUGGAUUGCUACAACAUGCCAAGGAAAUGCGUCUCUAGGGAUGAUGGUAAAAAAAGAUCGAUCUUCUUUUAUAAUGUUAAAAUUGAAUAGCUGUUAACCAAAGUAUUUUUCUGAAAACAAAUCCCUGCAGAUUUCUGGAUCAGCCACAGAAAUUCAAGGUUGGUCUGUUUUGAUGUUGUUUGUGCUUUAAGACGCUUUACUGUUUUAAAGCAAUGCCUGAAAACCUGUUUGGCCUCCAUUAAUUUAGUAGCAUUGAAUGGGAGGUGGGCUGGUUUGUGGAGGAAGAAACUUGAAAGAGUGUUAGGAUGCUGAGAAAUUGUUGAUUUACAAAACAAAUGUAUGGAAGAGUUUUGUUAGAAAUCCACCAAGCACAUUCUGUUUCAGCAUAAUUUAAAAGUAUUAAAUAGAGCUGUAUAUAUAUAUUUUUUAUUCUUAACCCUAGGAAAUCUGUACAUUCUCUCUACAGUACUGUGCACUAAUUAGCCAUUGCAAAAAGUUGUUGUUUCCUAUUAAAUUAACAGCCAGAUAUUUCACUUGGACAAUCUCAGUUUGGUUAAUGGACUUUUGUGAAUUGUCUACACUAAAGAAAGAAAUUUAAUUAAUCAUA